AUGAAGAUGCCGUUUGUACACGCCUACACAGUAGAUCUAUCGGAUAAGAAAUCGAUCAACGCCACGGCGAAAAAGACAUUGGACGACGUUCCACGAAUCGAUGUCCUUAUCAACAAUGCUGGAAUCGUUACCGGGAAGAAAUUGUUUGAGUGCCCCGAUGAGUUGAUGGAAAAAACGAUGGCCGUCAACUCGACCUCGCACUUUUUUACAACGAAAAACUUCCUGCGAAGCAUGUUGGAGAAGGAUCACGGCCAUGUGGUGACGAUCGCCUCGAUGGCCGGGAAGACCGGUGUGGCUGGAUUGGUUGACUAUUGUGCGUCAAAGCACGCGGCAGUCGGUUUCCACGAGUCGCUCACCUCCGAAAUUCGACACCAACAAAAGAAUGGAGUGCGAACAACGUGUGUCUGUCCAUUCUACAUUGACACCGGGAUGUUCGACGGAGUGACAACGAAAUCACCGCUAUUGUUGCCGAUCUUAAAGCCAGAAUAUGUUGUCGAGUGCAUAAUGGAAGCGAUUUUGACCGAUCGCGAGUACUUGAUCCUGCCACGUUUCUGCUAUUUUGCUGUCUUUGCGCACAGCUUCCUUCCCUCAUGUGUCUUUUCCCUAAUUUCCGAAUUCUACGGUAUCGACGCGACAAUGGAAUCGUUUGUGGGUCGGGAAAGAGCA